UGUGCCUGCUAAUUGCACCAUUUGUGCGCAAAAGUUCCGAGGCAAAGUGUAAACUCUCAACAGAAGGAAACAUGAGACAACUGAAGUGCCCUGGUUUAUGUGCCCUGCUCCUCCUCCUCCUCCGCCGCCGCCGCCGCCGCUUCUUUCUCCUUCCUCCUGCCGAGCCCGCUGUUACAGCUUGUUUGCACUGGGGCUUAUCCGGAGCGGAAAUUCCUUUCCGUUUUUGUGAAUGACAAACUCAUUAACAAUUCAUCAACACAACCUGUUCCAGCCGGCCCGUCCCCACGGCAACAGCCCCUUCCGCAGCGCGCUCAUUGGCUGGCCCGGAGAAUGUAUCCAUUGAGACGCUCGCUGUUUGUAUCCAUUGAAGAGCUGCCUCGCGCAGGGGGUGUGCGAGGGCUGAGUGCAAGGGACGGUGAGCAAAUCGAGCCUUGAAUAAUCCGAUGAGAAAGAAGCCCGGGUGGAUUUGAGGUGCAGCCUUACAGGGAGGGAUUAGAGGCCGCUGGACCCCCCCCCCACUCCUUUCUCAGUAGCACCGAAUUAAUUGGAUCUCAUUCGCUGGGGAAGAACAAAACUGUCUAAGCAGCUUCAUUCAGAGAGAUUCAUUGACACCAAGAGCGGCUGCAACCAGUGCAGAGACAACCGCCGGCUUCACUUCUGUCUCGCCUUCUCCAACCGCUAACCCCGGCUCGAGAAGGGGGAGGCGGAAUCAAACCCUGAUCCAGGAGCGGCGGCUUCGCGCGGCGCCCUCAGCCUAUGUCUGCCCCAAAGGGCGUCUGGUAGGCACCCUGCCCUUGCUCGCAGCUCGACCCCCAUGAUAGAUACGCUCAGACCCGCGCCCUUCGCGUCGGAAAUGGCGAUCAGCAAGACAGUGGCGUGGCUCAACGAGCAACUGGAGCUGGGCAACGAGCGGCUGUUGCUGAUGGACUGCCGGCCGCAAGAACUGUACGAGUCGUCGCACAUCGAGUCGGCCAUCAACGUGGCCAUCCCGGGCAUCAUGCUGCGGCGCCUGCAGAAAGGCAACUUGCCGGUGCGCGCGCUCUUCACGCGCGGCGAGGACCGGGACCGCUUCACCCGGCGCUGCGGCACCGACACGGUGGUGCUUUACGAUGAGAGCAGCAGCGACUGGAACGAGAACACGGGCGGCGAGUCGGUGCUGGGAUUGCUGCUCAAGAAGCUCAAGGACGAGGGCUGCCGCGCGUUCUACCUGGAAGGUGGCUUCAGUAAGUUCCAAGCCGAGUUCGCCCUGCACUGCGAGACCAAUUUAGACGGCUCGUGUAGCAGCAGCUCGCCGCCGUUGCCAGUACUGGGGCUCGGAGGCCUGCGGAUCAGCUCCGACUCCUCCUCGGACAUUGAGUCUGACCUUGACCGAGACCCUAAUAGUGCCACGGACUCGGAUGGCAGCCCGCUGUCCAACAGCCAACCUUCCUUUCCGGUGGAGAUUUUGCCCUUCCUGUACCUAGGCUGUGCCAAGGACUCCACUAAUCUGGACGUGUUGGAGGAAUUCGGCAUCAAGUACAUCUUGAACGUCACCCCCAAUUUACCGAAUCUCUUUGAGAACGCAGGAGAGUUUAAAUACAAGCAGAUCCCCAUCUCGGAUCACUGGAGCCAAAAUCUGUCCCAGUUUUUCCCUGAGGCCAUUUCUUUCAUAGAUGAAGCCCGGGGCAAAAACUGUGGUGUCUUGGUGCAUUGCUUGGCUGGCAUCAGCCGCUCAGUCACCGUGACUGUGGCUUACCUUAUGCAGAAGCUCAAUCUGUCAAUGAACGAUGCCUAUGACAUUGUCAAGAUGAAGAAAUCCAACAUCUCCCCCAACUUCAACUUCAUGGGCCAGCUGCUAGACUUCGAGAGGACUCUAGGACUGAGCAGCCCCUGUGACAACCGGGUCCCAGCACAGCAGCUGUAUUUCACCACCCCCUCCAACCAGAAUGUCUACCAGGUGGACUCCCUGCAAUCCACGUGAAAGGGCCUUGCACCCCUCCUCACUGGGAUGUGUCUCUUCAGCAGUUUCUCUUAGCAGCAUCCCUUGGGCUGCUUUCUUUGUGUGUGGCCCCAAGUGUCCAGAUGACACCACCUGUCUGAAUUAGACCAGGUUACCAAGUAUGGAAUUGGUUAUUACAAAGGGAGAGGUUUGCUCCCUUCUCUUUUGAAGAACAGUUCAUACUACAUAGAUACAGGCAGUAGGUUUGCUCUGCACCCGUGUGUACAGCCUACCCACGCAGGGACUAGAAUUCAAGAACUUCCAGGUAUAUAGGGUAGGACCAAAUGGUAGGGUAGGAGCAUGUGUUUUUUAGAGCCUUGUAUGGCUGUUUCCUUUUGCAUCUGGAACUGACUAUUGUCUUCAAUGAAGACUGAUUCAAUUUUGCAUAUAGAGGAGCCAAAGAGAGGUUUCAGCUCUGUAUUGUGGUAUCAGUUUGCAAAAAUAAAAAUAAAAAAAAAUCUGAUACUCCAUUUGAUUAUUGUAAAUAUUUGAUCUUAUAUCACUUGGCAGUGUUUGUUUGAAUUGUGUUUGUUUUUUCUUUGAUGGGUUUAAAAGAAAUUAUCCAAAGGGAGAAAGAGCAGUAUGCCACUUCUUAAAACAAAAAUUAGAAAAUUUUGCUCUUUUCUAAUUCAAAGGGUAUAUUUGCAGCAUGCUUGACUUUACUGUACCGAUUCUGAAUGACCUUUUCAUGGACAAUAUUAUCACUAAAACUUGUUAGGGUGCAGUCUUUAGUCUCUUUCAUAUAUCUUCUUUGUGAUUAUUUUUUUUUCUGUAAUGUAGUUUGACUAUGCCUUACCUUUGUAAAUAUUUUGGCUAGUGUUGUUCUCAAAGGGGUAUCUGGGAAAGACACCAAAAUCAUGGGCUCACUUUUUUUUUUUUUUAAACUUCAGCUGUGCUAAACAGUAUAUUACCUCUGUACAAAAUUCUUCAGGGAGUGUCACCUCAAAUGCAAUACUUUGGGUUGGUUUCUUUCCUUUUUUUUUUUUUUAAAAAAAAAGAUUUGUAUAAAACUGGAAGUGUGUGUGUGAGCAUGGGUACCCACUUGAUAGAUAAAAUGCAUAUGAUUUUGAAGAAGGGAGAGUUAAAUUGCUCCAUUAUGUUCAUGGUGUAAAGUUUUGAGCUGGAAUUUAUUAUAAGAAUGUAAAGCCUUAAAUUAUUAAUAAAUAACUA